AUGUAUCGUCGUCGUUUGUUUACAUUUAUUUCUUCCUCUUCUCCCUGUUCCUCUUUGAUUACCAAACGUCAAAUUCGACAAAGAUUUGUCUCUAGCAUGCCCACUCUAUCUCAACGCUAUUUUGCUGAUGAAAACGCUCCUUAUUCACUCUUGGAAGCAAAGCCCUUCUUUGAGACACUCACACCCAAGGAACAAAAAUAUGCCCACUUUAUGUCACGCGCUGCCUUUGAGGGUAGUCGCAUCCUUAUUGACCAAACCAACCCCAAUGCCUUGCCCAUCUUUGACCUUAUCCUCAAGGUCUUUACCGACAAACAGGGCAACAUGAUUGAGACCGACACUCUAUUCAAAGCAAGUCAAGUAUCAGAAGAGACAUUCGAGCAAUUUCUUCAAUAUGCUGGCCAGUUCUUGGGAAAUCAAAGCAACUACAAGUCAUUUGGUGAUGAAAAGUUCAUUCCUCGUUUGAGCAGCCAGGAUUUUGAAAAGAUUGUACGUGCAUCCGGAUCCCAUGAAGCCGUUGCACUGUUUGAGCAAUCUAAAGAAGAGAUUUAUAGUGUGGAGCCUGUUGCCCGUAAUUUGCUCGGUUUUCCUCAAGAAGGACAUGUGUCUGGAUAUUACACACCGAAUGUAACCAACGACGAUAUCAAAUUAGUGCAAGAAUUUCUCGAAAAGGAAAGAAUUGACCCUUUGAACACUCGCUUAUUCAAAGGCCAAGACGGCAAUUUUAAGCUUGUUAUUGCUGCUGCUGAAGAGGAACUUGAGGAAAAGACACACUCGCUCGGCAAUGGCAGCAAAAUCACCAUCAGCUAUACUGAUUUCCAACAACCCCUGAAAAAGGUUGCUCAAGCCAUCCAAGACGCUAUUCCUUACGCAGCCAGCGAAACACAAAAGAAAAUGUUGGAAUCCUACUACACUACCUUUAGAAAUGGCUCCAUGCAAGCCUUUGUCGAUUCUCAGCGUUAUUGGCUGCAGGAUCUCAGUCCACAAGUGGAAACCAACAUUGGAUUCAUUGAAACGUACCGUGAUCCUCAAGGUGUGCGCGCAGAAUGGGAGGGUUUCGUUGCCAUGGUGAAUCAGGAACAGACACGCAAGUUUAACAGAUUAGUAGAUAAUGCGCCCCUCUUUGUGUCUCGCUUGCCCUGGACAGCUGAAUUUGAGAGAGAAACAUUGAACAAGCCUGAUUUCACAUCGUUGGAAGUUCUGUCUUUUGCUACUGGUGGUAUUCCAGCUGGUAUCAAUAUUCCCAACUUGACAGAGUUGACACAAGUGUAUGGAUCAAAGAAUGUUUCUUUGGGCAAUGUCAUUUCCGCCAAGGCCCCCAACGAAAAGUUCCCCUUUGUGCGCGAACAAGAUCUCCAGCUCUAUAAAGAUUACCGCAACCCCUCCUUUGAAGUGCAAGUGGGUACGCAUGAAUUGGGUCAUGGUACAGGUAAACUCUUUUCUGAAGACGAGAAUGGCAAGCUUAAUUUCGAUGUCGAAUCUGUUGUCAACCCCAUCACUGGAGAGCCCAUCAAGACGUGGUACAAGCCUGGACAAAACUUCAAUUCCAAGUUUAAAAGCAUUGCAUCCAGCUACGAGGAAUGUCGCGCUGAAUGUAUUGCCUUGUCCCUCUCACCUCAUGAGGAUAUUCUCAAGAUUUUCAAUUAUGAAGGACAAGAGGCUGAAGAUAUUUUGUACAUAAUGUAUCUCAACAUGGCAAGAGCUGGUCUUACUGCUCUCGAGUUUUAUAAUCCUGAUGCCAAAAAGUGGGGUCAAGCACACAUGCAAGCGCGUUAUGCUAUUAUGAAUGUCAUGUUGGAAGCAGGCCAAGACUUUUUGCAAUUCAAGCCUUGCACUGUAGAUGGACAAGAGAGUUUGGAGAUUUAUUUAGACAGGAGCAAAAUCAGAUCUGUGGGUGCACCUGCUGUGUCCAAGUUUUUGACCAAAUUACAAAUCUACAAGGCCACUGCUGAUGAAGUGAACGGUACUCAACUUUACAUGGAUGCCACACAUGUGCCUGAGAAAUGGACCAGUAUCCGUGACAUAGUGAUCAGAUCCAAGCAACCUCGUAAAGUGUUUGUUCAAGCCAACACCAUCUUGAAGGAGGACAAGGUUGAAUUGAAGGAAUAUGAGGCUUCUGCUGCUGGUAUGAUCCAAAGUUUUGUAGAGAGACAUAUUUAG